GUCAGUUUUGAACACUGAAGCAGAAGGCUGCGGUUGCUCUGGCAAACAUGAAGUCAGGUCUCUGGUACCUCUUUGUCUUCUGCUUCCAAGUUAAAGUGCUCGCAGAAGAAAUCAAUGAUACUGCCAAGUAUGAGAUGUUUACCUUUCAUCAUGGAGGUGUACAGGUUUUAUGCAAAUACCCGGAGACCGUCCAGCAGUUUAAAAUGCAGUUACUCAAGGGGAGGAACAUACUCUGCGAUCUCAGUAAGACAAAGGACAGUGGAAACAAGGUGUUCAUUCAGAAUCAGAUAUUCUGUCAACUUCAGUUAUCCAACAACAGUGUCUCUUUUUUCCUGAAUAACUUGGACAGUUCUCAUGGCAGCUAUUACUCCUGCAACAUAUCAAUCUUUGAUCCUCCUCCUUUUCGACAGAUUCUUACAGGAGAAUAUUUACAUAUUUAUGAAUCACAGCUUUGCUGCCAACUGAAAUUCUGGUUACCCAUAGGAUGUGCAGCUUUUGUAAUAGUGUACACUUGUGGGUGCAUAUUAAUUUUUCAGAUUAAAAAAAAGAAAUAUGGAUCCAGCGUGCAUGACCCGAAUAGUGAAUACAUGUUCAUGGCUGCAGUAAACACAGCUAAAAAACCUAGACUUACAGAUGUGACCUCGUAAUCUGGACCUCUGGUCUCCAGGUGUGUACCAUGCUGGCCAGUUCCCCAACACGUGAAAUGAGAAGUUCCCUUAUUUCCUGGACCGCAGACACCCUGACUCGAUUUGACUACAUAUAUCUCCUGCCUGUGUUUUGUUCAAUCUGGAUCAAUAACGAGAUCAGUCAAUAAGGAUUUUAGCAGACUGCCUCUGUAUUGCCGAGUUCUCUUGAAACGAACAUCCUCUUGCAACUAACCUUAUAGAAAAAAAGAUCUUGCUCGUGUGUGCUCAACAAACAGACCUCACUGGGAUGGAAUUCCUGCUACUCUGCACCUGCUCCUUGCAAUGUGUCAGCUAACAAAACAAAUAUGUCCACGAAAAAGUUAAAAGAUGUGAAGGGUAUUCAUCUGCAAACCAAACCGGCAGCCAAGUGCUAGCAUUUGUGCUCAUUUUAUGAACAGACUACCUCUUUCUGUAGCAAUGGGAUUCCUCUGUAAUUCGGACAGUUGAGGGAGAUGCUCCACAACUGUAACUAUUUUAUUUUGGAGAUGUUGAUUCAUACUAUCUUGUACUGGUACAGUAGUAGCUACUCAAUAUUCUCCUCUGAUUUCUGAACCUCAGUUGAGCACUCCACCAAAAGUUUAAAUGCCCUCUCUUGCCUUUAAUUUUUUUUAAAAAAUACUUCUACCUGCUUACUUGACAGCCAGUAACCACUCCGAAUAAGGAGCUAUAUCUACAUUUUUCUCCUUUGCUGUUCAUUGAAAUGGUGUUAAAUAUAGCACCUAUAAUUUGUCUAUAAUUUGCUUGUAUUCUCUCUAUGAGAAAAUUUCUGCUACACAAUGACAUCUUCUUUCCCCAAAUUUUUUAAAAAUUGUUUACUUUGUUGAGAUUAGUGAUAGGAAACGUUGCUCAGAAACAAAAGCAACUUCAUUUUAUUAUCCUGUUUUCUACCACUAUCUAUGUUUUCAUGGUGCUAUUAAUCACAAACUUGGCUGUUUUUGUAGAUGAUAUUAAAAUUGCAAAUGAACAAAUUCAUGUUUAAUUGGUAAGCAUUCUCCCAGGGUAGAGUGAAUCAUCCAUUAGGUCCAGAAGCUGCAGUGACUGGAGGCUCCUGCCAGACUGGAGCUAUGCUGCCUCUAGGCUUGACAGGUCCACACGGCCCCAGGAUCCCAGAGCCCUUCACACUGGAGUGGAACAUGAGGCUGCUUUGUCCUCAAGGCUGAAGGCACCUGGGAAUCAAUGUAGCUCUAAGUACAUUUAUACUGCUAGGAGCUGUGAAGAAGCACACAUGGGUCGGAGUACCGUUCCCUUUCCUAGAAGCCGUUCAGCCGAGAAACUGGCCCUAGCCCUUUAUGACAAUCUUCUUUCAGGUAUAUUUUGUCCAGGAAGUCUUCCAUACAUGUAACGUGUUAUUAUUCUUGCUGGAAUAUUUUCUCCACUUUGUCCACAUGCCCAAAGCUUCUGAAACAGCCAGUGUGUAUGCAGUCAAAAUUGUAACUCUAUCUAAAAUAGAGGUUACUUUAGUAGUUUCGAAUUUGUAGUUGCGUGCUUAGUUUACUUUAAGAGUGAGACUGGAUAUGUCAUUAUAUAUACUUAUGUUAAGCAUGUGUAAUGCUGGAUGUGUACAGUAUAGUACUGAAGUUAUUUGAAUCAAGUAUAAUGUUCUCUGUUUUCAGCAGACUUGGGCAAGCUGGGUGGCUUUGCAGAGGUGUCCCCUGAGUUGGUUGUACCUUCCUAUGUGGUGGUGAGGAUAGGCAGGCCUGGUUGCCCCAGACUGUAUCUUGAGGCAUCCUCAUUAUCUUCAACAGUGAGCAUUUCAAAAGGAACUAUUAAAGGAAAAAAUUUCUGUGAAAUAAAAACUGGUUUUAAGAAGAGCCAUUUAUCAGAUGGAUUUUAGCAGUAGUAGGAAUUUAAAAAAUAAACAUUUGAUAUAUGCAGCA